AUGGAAUCAAAUGGAACGCGCAAAGGGCCGCUGCCUGGAGGUCGCCAGGGCGCGUCUAGAGCUGGCGCUGGACGCGACAGCAUGCGAACCGCCAGCCGAGCGCGAGGUGCUGCACGACCACCCAGCAGCUCCUCGCAUCCAUCAUCCCCACCAGCUGGCUUGGUGUCGGCAGGGUCUUCGCGGGCUCAGCAAUCGGCACCCGCCACUGGUGGAGUACGCCGCAUGCGUUGGACAACCCAGAUGAACAGCAACGCAUUGCGGGCGUAUUUUAGGGCGAAAGGGGGAGAAACUGGAGGUUUUGCGUAUCGGGCAAGGAUGCAUCGACUUUUUGCUGAGCUGGAGCCAUCUGUAACCGUCACCGAGCAAAACCUGGCAGACCGAGUUCGGUAUAUCUUGCGCUCAAAUACGUUUGAUGUCACCGAACUCGAACGGCUACGACGUGAGGCUGUUCCUUCAUCGGGUGAAAAUGCUGCGGCUGAGGAUGCGGCGCCACAACUUGCUGAGCAAACGGCAAAUCUGGAUGCCGCCGUGAAUACGCCAGUUGUGGUUGAUUCAAACGAUGAUGGAACAGUCGCCCAGGAACUGGAACUAGAGCAAAUGAGGAGUACAUUGGAAGAGGCGAUUGUGGAAACGCGCAGUACGACUCUCGAAAAUCGACCGCGACUUCCCCGCUUAGCCCUAAGCAAGCGGAAUCGGGCUGUCGUGAGGGCUCUGAACCCAAUGCUGGUUACCUAUUUGGAAGCCAGCCGGGACCUUUGCGAUACGGACUCAAUUCUUUUUGGCGCCGCACUGGCAGUCUGCCGUAUUAUAGGUGCCAAACUUUCCACGGCUGGACGCGCUACUGGACAAAGUAGUGCUAUCCCAGCCUGGAGAAUAAGAAUUGAAGAACGUAUCGCAAAGGCUAGGGCCCUCAUCGGCAGACUGAUAUGCUUCAGGUCAGGCAAUACCAGGCCAAGGAUUGUGCGCACCGUCAGGAUGGCGUUUGCUGGGACAAAUGUUAGUUUGUCCCAGCCGGAUAUAAUGCAAAAACUGACGGAGCGCAUAGACGACCUGAAGCAAAGAAUAGCUGCUUGGGGAAAGCGGAUUCGGCGAUAUACCGAGAGGUCGACACGGUUCAACCAGAAUCGUCUCUUCCAGAGUGAUCAGAAGAGGCUCUAUAAAUCAUUGGAGCGACCAAUAGUAAGUGGAACGGGCCCUGCACCAAAUCAGGCCGACAUGGUCGCAUUCUGGCGCAGCCUGUGGUCAGAGCCCGUAAACCACAACGAGGGCCCUUGGACGGAAGUUGUGGCGAGUCAGUGUGCGAGUAUUACGCCCAUGGACCCCGUCAUCAUAACGCCGGAUGACGUAGCUGAGGCGGUCCGUAGGGCCCCGAACUGGAAAAGUCCGGGGCUUGACGGGCUGCAUCACUACUGGCUGAAGGGGUUCAUGGCAAAGUUUCUUCAGCUGGCAACUCUGAAAAACACGCAUACAUUAAAACCCGCCGCCAUUACGGUACUUCAAUCUGCACAAUGA